AAAGCUAGAAAAGGGCGACCACCAAAAAUAGCACGUUAUCAGUCAUCGCUUGAGAAUCCAUCGUCAAAAACUCAAGAAAAACGACCACGUGGCCCUGGAACUAAUAUGUGUGGCGAAUGUGGUGGUAAAGGUCAUAAUCGUCGAUGGCAUUCCAAGCAUGAAAAUAAAAGCUACAAUUCUGGGAUUAUAUGUGAACUUUGCGGUGGGUGUGGCUAUAAAAAAGAAUUGCAUAAUCAUGAUCUUAUAGAGGAAAAUGAGAAUGAAUGGGUUGGCUUAAGUGGUUCUGAGUCAGGUGCUGAAAUGGAUAAUAUUGA